GAAAAAUUAUUAAAAUGUGACUUAAAUAUUUCAUCAUUGUAUAAUGGUACAAUCACUUCCAUAUAGUUUUUUAACCAAGGUAUUGUUUUUUUUUUAUUGAUUCAAUGAUUACGGAUAAAUACUUUUCUAAUUCUUCUUUAUAUAAGUUCGAUUCUUCUUUAUAUUUGUUUCGUUAUCAUCAAAAACAUCUAAUGAAACUAAUAUUUGAGCAAAUACACAAACAAUUUCCUUAUCUUUAUCCUCCAUUUUUACGUUCACAAUUGCUUACAACAGCCAAAGGAAACGGUUUUGAUCUUUUCGAUGAGUACGCUUAGAAAUCAAAGUAAUCGGGCAAAAAUAGCGCUCAUAAGCUUGAGCGCUUUAAGUAUGUGAGCGUCCAAACGAACGCACCCAGAGUGACGCUUAUAAGCGCUUAAAGCGCGUGAGCGCCAAAAAGGAACGCAGCCAUAGCCACAACCAAUAUAUCGAUAUCAACGAUUGCGAUUCUCGAACUUGAAUAUUUUCGCGGUAACCACUAAGUUAUGUGUGAGAGUAGCUUACAGUCCGGAGUGGUCGAAAGUAGUCGAUAUAUAUAUUACAAAUUUUUAUAAAACAAGUACUUAAAGAAUAUAUACUUGUGAUCAAAUAGACGUGAGUAGAUGGGCGUGUGUAUAUCUCUCUGACUAAAGUUAACAAAUAGAAGAAUGAUAUGUGAUAUAGGAAAGACUACACAAAAAGUGUAUCAAUUUAUUAGGCGUAGAUAAUAGAUCAGUAAUACAAUUUAGUAUCUAUAUCCAGUGUUUCAUACUGAAAUCCAGUUAUUCAUGAGUUUAUAUUUGACUAUGCUGAAUAUCGUGUAGUUUUUCUCUUACUGGAUGUUAUGUGUAAUUGUAUUUUCAGAAGCAUAUAAUGAUAUGUUUUUAUCAGGUUUUACAAAUGCUUUUACACAAUGUGAUUAUAUUCUGACAAAGCAGAAUAUUUUAUAAUACAAAAAUAACGAAGACGGCUACUCUUGGAACAUAUGAAUAAUUUCUAGUAAUUGGGAAUACGGCACAAUUUAAAAUAUUCACUUGAAUAUAAAGUAUUAUUUCCAGUAUAUAGGAUAUAUUUUAUAAUAAUAAAAUGGGCCAUCAUAAAUUAAAACAAAAUAAAAGAAAGCAACAAGCUACACAAAAUAUUUCUAAAUUAAAAGAAUUUCGUGUCAUAUUAUAUGAUAUUGCUUUGUAUCCAGCAUUAAUUCCAUCUCAGUAUAAACAAUUAUUCAAGCAGCAAUUAAAACGGUUAAAAGAUACAUCAUGUACACCUAAAAAUCAUAACAUACAGUUAUUAAAACAAAAUGUACGAAAUAACAGAUAUAGCAGAUCUGUAAAAAAAGGUAGAGAGAAACAUGAAAGAAUUAAAUCUAGAUUAUUUAGUAAAGAUAUAGAAUCAAUAAAAGAAACACAAAAUAACAAUGAAUGUGAUAAGAUACUUCAAUCAACACCUGGAAAACAAUUGACAAUUGGAAACAGAUGGCAAUUAAUAAUUGAUGAUGACUCUUCUACUAUAGAUGAUUGCAGUCCUAAGAAGAUAAGUUGCAUACCAAAGAACACAGUAUUAACGAAUAUUAAAGUUCCCAAAUAUGCUUUGAGAUCAACUGCAAGCAGAAGAAGUACACUAAAUACCAGUACAAGCAUACUAAGUUCUGAUAAAUCGGAUUUGACAGAUGGUACAAGUGUGGAAUCAGCUGAUGCGGAUUCUGAUAGUACAAAUUAUUUGGAUAAGAAAAAUUUAAAUUUUAUUAAUUGUAAUAGCGAGACCCAAGAGGUAUCCAGUGAUGAAAUAUCCAUUGCAAGUACAAAGUACGAUCGUAAUUUAACUCCAGUUGAUUUUGUUAAUGAAACAAAUCACAGAGUAAAACAAAAAUAUAAUCAGAGCAAGAAAAGUUUAACUAUUCCGAGUAUAGAAAGUGAAAUUUCUACAAAGUCGUUUAAGGAUACUGAGGAAGAUGAAGUAUCUGAAAAUUCAUAUUCUUCUGAUAUUCUAUUAAAUCAUACAUCUAAUAAUAAAGUAAAUAGGAAAGAAAAUCAGCAUGAUACAAGAACAAAGUUAAAUAAUUAUAAUGUAACGCCAGCAGUAGAUUUAAAAUUUACUGCUAUAGUAUCUGAAACAGCAGCUAUUAAUCAUAUUACUAAAGACAAUUUUCCAAAAACGUAUAAUGAAAAUAAGUCACAAACAAUAAAGCAAACUCUACCAAAGAUAACCCAAAACGCUUUUUUACCGAAAGGAACAGUAAAGCUUAUAAGAUUCGACGAGACAUACAGUAACGCAUGGAGGAAUAUUUCUAAGAACAAUACUUUGAUACAAAAUAAGUGUACUGAAGAAGAUAAAAAUGUGAAACAAGUGCAAGACAAAAAUAUUCUUAAGAAAGAAGACAAUAUAUUUUUUACAGAAAUCGAAGUAAAUAGUACUUCAAAAACAUCAGAAAACAUACUAAUACAAAAAAAUAGCAUACAACAAGAUAUUUUAGAUAAUAAUGAUAUUCACAAUAAAAUUCUUAAUCAUGAGACCCCAAGUUCUUUAGCAAAAAAUGAUAUCCAUAAUAAUAUAAAUAUUAAUAAUUCUAGUAUUGAAGUAGAGGAUCGAAAACGUACUGCAGAAGAAAAUAGUACAGAUGUAAAUACAUGUGCUAAAAGAAUUAAAUUAAACAGGAAUUUUCAACAAAGCGAUAUAGAAUCGUAUAAUAAACCAGUGAACCAACAAUUUAAUAGUUUUAUAAAUACUAUUACAGCGACUGAAAAUGCAGAAUAUGAUGAAAUAGAUUUACGUGUAAUGUUAAAUAAAAAAAGAACUGAGAAUGUUUGCAAGUUGAAAACAACUGAUAGUGAUGAAACUAUAAAUACAAUGUCUAUGAAAGUAAAUAAUACAAAUAGCGUAAAAAACAUAGUAGAAAACGAGGGAACUUCCGAGAAAUUCUCUCAGAAAGAAGCAUCAACUUUAAAUAAAGAUUUAUAUAAAAAACAAAAUAACGCACAAAUAAGUUUACCCCAUAGUAAUAACUCGUAUUCAUUUGCUGAUUUGUAUGAUGCUUCAGAAGAAACACAUUGUAAUAAAAAAGAAAUAAAUUAUGAAAAAACAAAUGCGCAAAAGAAGCAUACAGACGUCGUAAGCAGUAACAAUAAUAACGAUAAUGAAGAAGACGAUGACUGCAUUUCUCUUUUCGCAAAUGAAACAUUUGAUAUAAGCUACUGUGAAGAUAUAUUUCCAGAUAAAGAAGAGAAAUUACCUAAACCUCUACAGUCUGAUACACCGUAUAUAAUGAGUACUAAUAGUUUUAAUAUGUAUUUAAAACAGAAUAAAAACGAAUUUAACCAAGAAUACGAAAGAUGUUUGAAAAAUAAUAUAAAGAAGUCACAAAUAGCACAGAAUAGUACAAAAAACAGAACUGAAAAAAUGAAAGUAAUAGAAAGUUUGCCGGAAAAGUGUAAUAAAAAUGAGCUAUUAACAGCAAAACAGACUAUACCGAAGAUAAAUCAAAAUGGUCUUUUGCUGAAGGAGACGGUACGCUAUAAACUAUUAGAACAAACGCAGAAUAGAACUUUGCACACGGAUAAUCGAUCUGCAAAUUUGACAUCAUCUAUGGUCCAAAAUAUACAAACCUUAAAGAACUGCGAUAUAAAACAUUUUUUCAAUGGAUUUUGUUUUAGUACAUUGAUGCAUUCCACAUGUAAAUGGCAACAUGUAUGUACUUAUAAGCACAAUUUUCAGAAGCUUAUUAAUACAUUUUAUGCUGAAGAUCCCAGUAAGAUAAUGGAUGUAAUAAAGUUUACUAUAGAUAGGAGAUUUUAUUUUUUCUGUCAAGAAUUCUAUCAAAAGUGCUUAAAAAAAUUAAAAAUCAGUGAGAUUUUAACAGUAUAUAAAUCCAUUAAUUCAUCCAUUAUAACCGAUGUAACUAAAAACAACGAGAUAUUGGAAUGUAUAAAACAUUUUAUAAAACCUGGCGAAUAUUGGUAUAUUGCAAGAAGCAUGAUAUUAAUGCUUACACCAGACAAGUAUAUUGUUGAAAGUAUAUUACGCGAUUGCAAACGGCAUAAAAAAUUAUCUGAUGUUCAAGAUAUUAACAGUAUGUUAAUAAAUAAACUUCAUCCUGGCAUAAUAUCACAGUUGGAUAAAAACUUGAUGAUGCAUUUUAAGAGUUUGUUGAAUGGAGAAGCUGCAAAAGAUAUUUAUAAUGUAGAGUCAGUUCAGGAUUUUGGAGAGAGUUUGGUGGAAGUGGACACGAUUGCUUCUCCCGAUUCAAAACAAAUAGAUUCACCGGAAAGUUAUAAUAACGCUGUUACUGAUGGGAGUCAGUCUAUUACCAAGAGACGGGAAAUAAAUGCAAUAAGUACCAGAUCUUAUAUACUGCAUUCUAUCGAUAAUUUGCCGGAAGCACAGUCUGUCUAUAGAAAUCAUAAACAUCUAUGGAAAUUCUACACGGACUUAGAAAGACUUAAAAAGGGACUUGAACAUGAAGAUUAUAAUUAUGUUAUUGAUAUUUUAGAAGAAUAUGCAGGAAAGCAAGAUAGCAACUUGUUUGUUCGUGCAUGUUGCAACAUGCUUCGGACAGAAAUAAAACGUACAGAUCAUCACUUAAUAAAUAUAAUAGAACGGACAGUCCAAACCGGUUCCUUUGCUGUUCUGCGUAGAAUGUUAUUUGACAUAGGAAUAGACAUAUUGGUUGCUUUAAUGGACGAAGAAGCCUGGAGACUUGCAUUUCACUUUGUUACAUUACUUAAAACUUGUGAUUUGCCAUCAAGCGCGGAGUUUACUAUGUUAUCGGCUGAGAUUUACUUAGCUAACAAAAAAACUUUAGAAGCAUUUGAUUUAAUUAAAAACAGUAACAUUAUAUGCACGAAUCGUGCUAAGUGGCGUGUUAGGAGCACUAUUCACGAUGAAUACGUGAGAAACAAACUAAUCUACAUCUUAUUGGAUUCACUUUGUAAUAAUUUAAUCGAAUAUGCCUUCUUUCUCUUUACAUUUUUACUUAGAGAUCAAUCCAGCCAGUUUUACCCGAUAGAUUUGUCUUGUUACGUGGACAAGUUAACAGUGCUACUUUUAUCAAGAAACAAGAUGGCUUCGAUCAUAGAAAUGGGAAACUUGAUACUUAAAUAUAAUUUUCAAUUGAAUACAAAAGCGUAUCGUGCAUUAAUUGCAACGUUAAUUCAUGGAAACGAAAAAUUAGCCAUACAAUUGUACAAUUAUGCAGAAGGCAUAGGUCUCUAUUCGACAAUAGAGCUGUGGCCAGUAACGCACAUUAUUAUAAAAAAUGACUUAACAGAAGAAGAAGUAUAUCUUGCAAUUCUACAAUUACUUGAGAAGCUCAAAAUAAAUUUUGGACAUACGAUCGAGUUUAUUAAAUCAAAUAUUGUAGUAUAUAUUAUCUUAGAGGUGAAAUCGGAAAAACAGUUUUAUUGUGCCGCAGAACAAUCUUUUUAUAAUAGACAAGCGAUUGCAAAUAUGAAGUCAUUGGUGAGGAAUGUUUUGAAAACUCGAUUUGAUCCACCAAUAUCAUUAAUAGCACGUGUUAAAGAAAAAAUAUGUAAGCUACAAAAAAAAAGUCUUAUAAAUUAUCUUAGGUCAGAACAUUGCAAUUGAUAAGGUUGCAAUUAUUAUUCUUGAGCAAGAAAGAUAAGUAACUUGACUAGACUAAAAAAGGAAUUAAUAACCACUUUAAAUAUUAUGUUAUAUAUAAGAUAUUGUUUUAGAAUUGUUUCAAUAUAAUUUUUUAGUUAGUAUAUAGAGAAAAUAUUACUUUGUUUUACAUAUUCGACAAUUUCAUGUUUUUGUUGUUUUAUACAUAUAUUGGACACAUUAUUGAAUAUA